UCCUGCUCCUGCCCUCCGGGAAGACAAGCUAGCUAGCUAGCGUUGUUGUUACAGCAGCGUAGCAGCCACCAGCAGAGCUCGCUCUCCGGCAUGGCCUCGACCCCGAGCCGCUUCCUGCUGGCCGUGGCGCUCGUCAUGGCCGCCGUGUUAAUCGGCGGCGGCGCCAACACGUGCCACGCGGCCCGCCGCCUCGACGAACUGCCGCCGCUGCCUCAAGUGCCAGGUGUGCCGAAGCUGCCGAUGCCUGAACUGCCGAAUCUACCAGUGCCGGUGCCCAAGCUGCCCAUGCCUCAAGUGCCGACGCUUCCAGUGCCGCCGGUGCCCGAGCUGCCGAAGCUACCAGUGCCGCCGGUGCCCCAAGUGCCGACCCUGCCUCAACUGCCGGGCGUGCCCGGCGUGCCGCUGCCGUCCGCCGCGGUGCCCUAGGUGCUGCCUCCGUUGAUGCUGUCCCGUUCCCGGCGUGGACGAGCACCGCCGCGCGGCCACCGACGUGCAAAUGUAGCCGGCGAUGCCCUGUCAUGUACCUGUACCGUGUGUGUUUUAUGUUCGGGUGUGUGUGUCUCAUUAUAUUCGUCGAGAGGCCUUAAUAACGGUCCUCCAUAUCCAUACACAUACACUAUAUAUAUAGGUCUCGUGCGUAAAUAUCAUUACCUAAAAAAAAAGGGUCCCGUGAAUAAAUAUGUUUGUAGGGUACGUAUUUCUACACGUACGGUGUUACACUGCUAGGUGUAUAUGUAUAUGCCACUGUGCCAGUGUGACGAUGUUAACGGUUGCAUGCAUAUUAUUUACUAAUAUUAAUGAAUGCACGUUUUCUA